UCCCUCCCGGUGUCCGGCGGUGCCGAACCCGAGCUCAGCGACACGAGCCCACCCGCGCUCGGCUCCGGCCGCCUUCGCCAUGGCCGGGGGUCCCUCGUUGUUCCAGCUCUGGCUCGUGCUCCAAACCUCCUGCCUCUGCCUGGCCCAGCUCAGAGGGCCACCGGGCCAGCCCGGCCCGAGAGGGCCCCCCGGUCCCCCAGGAGUGCCGGGAGCGGACGGGAUUGACGGUGACAAAGGCCCUGCUGGAGCCCCGGGCUCCCCGGGUGUCAAGGGGGACCCCGGAGCCCCUGGCCCCGAUGGACCCCCAGGGAAGCCGGGCAUCGACGGCCUGACAGGAGCAAAAGGGGAGCCAGGACCCAUCGGAGCACCAGGAAUUAAAGGCCAGCCUGGACUUCCAGGGCCUCCAGGGCUCCCUGGCCCUUCUCUGCCAGGACCACCCGGGCUUCCAGGCCAAGUGGGGCUUCCUGGAGAGAUCGGGGUGCUGGGACCCAAGGGUGACCCUGGACCCGACGGCCCCCGGGGCCCCCCAGGCCCUCCAGGGAAACCCGGCCUCCCAGGACACAUCCAAGGACUGGAGGAAGGCAGCGCUGAUAUCCUGUGCCCGACCAGCUGCCCCCCAGGUCCCAAGGGCCCCCAGGGACUGCAGGGACUGAAGGGACACAGAGGCCGCCCCGGUGCCCUCGGGGAGCCCGGCAGGCAGGGGGGGCAGGGCCCCAAGGGCGACGUCGGUGCCUCUGGAGAACAAGGAGUCCCCGGCCCGCCGGGACCUCAGGGCCCCAGGGGGUACCCCGGGAUGGCAGGACCCAAGGGCGAGACGGGCCCUGCUGGGUACAAGGGCAUGGUGGGGUCUGUUGGAGCGGCUGGGCGGCCGGGCAGGGAAGGCCCCAAGGGACCACCCGGGGACCCCGGUGAGAAGGGAGAGCUGGGUGGCCGUGGCAUCAGGGGACCCCAGGGAGACAUCGGCCCCAAGGGGGAGAAUGGUCUGCCGGGCAUCGAUGGCAAGGAUGGCACCCCGGGUAUCCCGGGGGUGAAGGGCAGUGUGGGACAGGCUGGACGCCCGGGAACGCCAGGACACCGGGGACAAGCUGGCUUGCCAGGCCAGCCGGGAAGCAAAGGUGGCCCGGGAGACAAGGGUGAAGUGGGUGCCCGUGGCCAGCCUGGUGUCACCGGUGCCCCAGGGCAGCUUGGGGAGCCCGGCCCUCGGGGCGAGCAGGGCCCAGAGGGUGUCCCUGGGCUGAAGGGCGACCGGGGCGAGCGUGGCCUCGUGGGGCCCCCGGGGGAGCAGGGCAGAGUGGGGCCGAAGGGCGAGCAGGGUCAUCCAGGGAUCCCGGGACCCCAAGGCUUGCCAGGAGUCAAAGGAGACAAGGGCUCCCCAGGGAAAACUGGCCCCAAAGGCAGCGUUGGAGACCCCGGUGUCCACGGCCUGGCUGGGCUGAAGGGAGAGAAGGGUGAAUCCGGAGAGCCGGGGCCAAAGGGACAGCAAGGCAUCCAGGGUGACCUGGGCUUCCCUGGCCCCUCAGGGGAUGCAGGAGCACCGGGGGUGAGGGGCUACCCCGGCCCCCCCGGCCCACGGGGGCUGCUGGGGGAGCGUGGAGUGCCAGGGAUGCCCGGCCAGAGGGGCCUAGCGGGCCGGGACGCCGGGGACCAGCACAUCGUCGACGUGGUGCUGAAGAUGCUGCAAGAGCAGCUGGCGGAGGUCGCCGUCAGUGCCAAGAGAGCUGCCCUGGGGGGAGUCGGUGCCAUGGGACCCCCUGGCCCCCCUGGGCCCCCAGGGCCUCCUGGUGAGCAGGGCCCACAUGGCCCCAUGGGCCCCCGAGGUGUCCCCGGGAUCCUGGGAGCCGCCGGGCAGAUCGGCAACGCGGGACCUAAAGGGAAGCGAGGAGAGAAGGGCGAGCGGGGAGAAGUUGGCCGUGGCCACCCAGGAAUGCCGGGUCCCCCCGGGAUCCCAGGCCUCCCCGGCAUUCCCGGCCACGCUCUGGACGGCAAAGCGGGCGAGCGGGGCCUGCCGGGCGCCCCGGGAGAGGCUGGCAAGCCGGGACUGCCCGGGCCCACGGGGCUGCCCGGGUUCUGUGAGCCAGCUGCCUGCCUGGGAGCCUCGGCCUACGCCGCUGCCCGCCUGGCAGAGCCGGGCACCGUCAAGGGCCCCCUGUACUGAGGGGCAGCACCAGGAGAGACCACGACACUGCAAACCCCCAGGGAGACCCCCCACCCCUCCCUCCAGCAGCCAGAGUGGGAAGCACAUCCCUGGGAAUUCGAUCCGGGCUGGGAAGAACCCCAAUCCCACGGCUCGGGAGCGGUGGAGGAUAAAGAGUCGCCUCCAGUGCCACCCUCGGGGUUCGUUCCCUGUGCCCCUUCCCAAAGAAAUAAAUUGUCUUUUAUACAAACCCUCUCGCUCUGUUAUGUCCUGCUUGGUGCUGAAUGGGCUCAUUGAA